GGAUAGUCUUGAGGCAGAUGUGGUCUCAUGACAUGAGUCAUGACGAAAGAGGGCGCAAGCACCCGGGCCAAAACAAGGAACAGCUUUUCUGGCGACUUUGCCGCGCCAGUGAGAGUGUUGACUUUGGCAGGAGAAAGCGCGGGCCUUGAUUGAGAAGCCUCUUCUGCUCUGACGCUGAGCAACACUGCUUCAAACCCUAAUCCUGAUGCAGCACUUCUGCUCAUGCGCAGCAACUCCCGCAUUGAUCGCUCCUCAUACACGUGAUCCAUGAGACUGAUUCGUCUAGCGGAUGCCGAAACUCUUUGAAGCACGCCUUUCCAGCUUUUAAUUGUGACAGGAGUGGUUGACACGCUGUUCCCUGGUGUUGCAUUCGGCCUGCGUGCAUUUUCACUGCAUCAAUUUGCAGCACCUUAGCGGAUUGAGGUUUCAGAAGCACAUGUUGCUGGUUGCAUCAGCAUCUAAGCAUUGGGACAGUAAGAUUCCUCCACGGCAGAGAUCCUUGCUGCAUUUUACCACAACUCAGUGACAUUGAUGGCGGCCCCGAAACAGGCAGAAGAACCUGACCCUAGUCGAGGUCUGCAAAAGACACAGAGCCUGUGGCUCGCUGAAAGCCCCAGCAAGCGAUGGACGGAGCGCUUCUUUCUCUGGUACAGUCCAGUGUGGAUCAUUUGGGCCCUUGGUAUUGUUGUCCCGUUUCAGCUGUAUGAGCGUUUUAACGAGUUGGAGUACCUCAUUGUGGGCCUUGCAGCGGCGCUCCCGUGUUGCAUUCUGCCAAUUUUCAUCGUGGGGAAGGCAGACCGUGGAAGGCCCUAUCACGAACGCCACUGGGUAAAGGCCAAUGUGUGGAUUGCCAUUUUCAGUUUCAUUGGCAAUUACUUCUGGACCCACUACUUCUACAGCCUCCUAGGAGCGACCUACACCUUCCCGUCAUGGCGCCUUAAUGACGUAAGGAGCUGGCACUUGAGUGCCCUUCAUCUAUCCCAGAUAACUCACGCCAUCAAGGGCCGCAGCUACCCCGUUCGACUUGCCGCAAACACGGUUGUUGUCAUCGCGUUCGCAUACUUCACGGCUUUUAUGGAGACGUUCACAAUCACCCACUUCAAGUACUACACGUUCGUGGACAAGGCGGCCAUGUACAAAGUGGGGUCGCUCUUCUACGCCAUCUACUUCUUCGUCAGCUUCCCAAUGUAUUUCCGGAUGGACGAAAAGGUCAACGUCCAGUGGGCCGUGGGCCAAGCAGCCAUCGACGCGUUUGCUUCGGGCAUGAUGGUGACGAUUAUCCUCGACCUCUGGCGGCUCUGUAUAGGCCCUAUUUAUCAAAUUGGAGAUGGUGACAGAACUUUCGGAUCGCCUGAGAAGGUUUCUUGGAUUAAUCAGUGAUUUAAAAAGGAAAUAUGCGGAGCGUCAAUCAAGGUGCCUCUCGCCAGCAUAGGCCCCGAUCAGCCUGAUGUGCCACGUGUUACUAGAGCACUAGUGUCCUGCCAC